AUGUCAUAUAAUAAUGGGUACCGAUCCGGGUCUCCUGGAUCAGGAGGCUCAGGAUACCAAUCCCGCCAACAACUGCGUCCUUUCAAGAAGUAUGGUAACAAUAGCAACAAUUACAACAAUCAAGGUAACUACUAUAAUUCGGGGUAUAAGAGUUACAACAACAAUAAUACAUUAGGCGAUCAAAACAGUAGCUCAUACAGACACGGAGGAGGAUAUCCUAAUGGUAACUCUAGAAAUACAGCACGCCAAUCACCAGCAUACUCAAAUAAUGAUUCAUUACAAAUAUGGAUGGGAGAUCUUGACCCAAAAUGGGAUGAAAAGUUCAUUAUAGAUAUUUGGACUGCUCAGGGAGAAACUCCAACAGCUGUUAAAAUAUUGAGAAGUGAUCCAUAUAAGCCACCAUAUUGCUUUGUAACUUUCACCAGUCAACAAGGUGUAAAAUCGGCCAUUCAAAAGAAUGGGCAGCAAAUCCCAGGAAUGAGUAAAGUUUUCAAAUUAAAUUGGGCCAGUGGAGGUGCUAACAACAACAACAACAAUAAUAAUAAUAACGAUUCAUUUGGAAGUGUACCACAAAGAAAUACUUUUCAACCCAAUCAUACAAAUAACUCCCAUGCUGACGAUCAAACGUCUCUUUUCGUAGGAGAUUUAGCUCCAGAUUUAACAGAAGCUAUUCUUUACAAUGCAUUUCAAACAAAAUAUCCUAAUCAAAUUAAGCAGGCCAAAAUUAUGAUAGAUCCAUCAACCAAUAAUUCGAAAGGAUUCGGGUUUAUACGAUUCACAACGUUACAAACACAACAACAGGCCCUCAAGGAGAUGAAUGGUGUCAAUAUUGGCGGUAGACCAAUCAGAUUAGCAUUGGCAUCCAGAGGUGGUGGUGGUAGUACAACUAAUGACCAAUCGCAUCAGCCUCAUGUGCACACAGGUGGUGGUGCUAGUAGUCAUUCACAGGCAGCUUCCAAGUCCGAAAGUCCCGCCUUGUCUCACACAGUAAAUACUACCAACCUGGUUCUGAAUGUAAACUAUAAUCUUCCACAAACCCACCCCCCACUUAAUAAGUAUACCGAUCCGUUUAACACUACAAUAUUGAUUCAGGGGAUAUCGGGAAAAUUAAAUGAAUAUGAUUUACUUGAAAUAUUUACAUCAUUUGGCGACAUUGUAUACUGCAUCAUUUCUGAUGAUUUACAAACAGCUAGUAUUCGAUUCUAUCAUAGAAUAUCAGCGGAAAGGGCCAUAAUAGCAUUCGAUAAAAUGGAAGUAAAGGGUCAUAGAUUGUUGCUUAACUGGGGUAUCAGCGAAAGCACCAAACCUGGCACUAAAAUUGCAUUCCAGCCAAAUAAUUCUAAAAUUUAUAAACGGGAACCUGAACCACCAGUUCAGUAUGGAACAUUUGGUAAGAAAAACCUAGUUUUCAACAAGUUGAAUGAUGAGGAGAGAGAGAAAUUAUCAUCAAGUUCUUCUGAACCUAGUGAGCCUGUUUCAAUUGGCAUCUUGAACAGGAGAUUCAUCCAGGCUAAACUCGAUGCUAAUGAUUUACUUCUUUUUUAA